AUGGGCAAGUCUGUGUUCUGGACUCUGGUUCUGAACUCUGUGUUCUGGACUCUGGUUCUGGACUCUGGUUCUGGACUCUGUGUUCUGGACUCUGGUUCUGAACUCUGUGUUCUGGACUCUGUGUUCUGGACUCUGGUUCUGGACUCUGUGUUCUGGACUCUGGUUCUGGACUCUGCAGGCAUCCUCUUUGACGUAGAUGGCGUCCUGCUUCGCGGUGGCUCGUUGAUUCCAGCGGCUCAACGAGCUUUCCGGAAGCUUGUGGACCAAAACAACAACUUCCUGUUUCCCAUUGUCUUUGUCACCAACGCAGGAAGCUGUCAGAGACAUUACAAGGCCCAACAGCUGUCUCACCUGCUGGACAUCCAGGUUGCCCCAGAGCAGGUGGUUCUUUCCCACAGUCCUUUGCAGAUGAUGAAGAGUUUUCACGAUAAAUGUGUCCUGGUGUCUGGACAGGGACCAGUGACGGACAUCGCCAACACUCUGGGUUUUCAGAAGGUGGUGAGUGUGGAGCAGCUCAGAGAACACCACCCUCUGCUGGACAGGAUGGAGCACAACAGGAGCCCAUCACUUCCUGCGUGUCCUCUUCCGACUCUCCCCCGGAUACAAGCUAUCAUCCUGUUCGGAGAGCCAAUCAGAUGGGAGACCAACCUGCAGCUGCUGAUCGACGUGCUGCUGACCAAUGGAAGACCAGGCUGCAUGUACGAAGCUCAGGUGGCAUCCCAGCUGCCGGUGCUCGCCUGUAACAUGGACCUGAUGUGGAUGGCUGAGGCGCCAUCACCACGGUUUGGUCACGGGAUGUUCCUGCUGUGUCUGGAGUCGGCCUACAGGAAGCUGACGGGCCAUGAGCUGCAGUACCAGGCCCUGCUUGGAAAACCCGCCCUGCUGACAUACCAGUACGCCGCUCGUCUGCUGAGGCUGCAGAACCACCACCACCAGCUGACCACCAUCUACGCCAUUGGCGACAACCUGAUGACAGAUAUCUAUGGUGCUAACCUGUUCAACCGCUACCUGGCUCAGCAGCAUGCUGCUAUGACGACUACCACCAAGCUUGUUGCCAAGGGAAUGGGCAGUCAGGUGGCAAUGGUGAUGGCGGAGGAGGAGGCGGCGUGUCCAGCUGCUCAGUGUCGAACCAUUCUGGUGUGUACAGGUGUCUAUAACCCUCACUCUCCGUUACCUAGCGACCGCAGCAACGCGGUCACGGAGACGAUCUUCCACGGUCACAGAGACCUAGUGCUGGAGCCUGACCUGGUGGAGCCGCAUCACGUCGUGGAGGACGUGGAGGCUGCCGUCGACCUGCUGCUGCAGCAGGAGAACUCUCCUACCUGACCUCUUACACCACAUGACACCACCUGACCUCUGACACCACCUGACACCUCUGACACACCUGACACCUCUGACACCACCUGACCUCUGACACCUCUGACCUCUGACACCACCUGACCUCUGACACCCCUGAUGUCUGACACACCUAACCUCUGACACCACUUGACCUCUGACACCACCUGACCUCUGACACCACUUGACCUCUGACACCACUUGACCUCGGACACCUCUGACACCACUUGACCUCUGACACCUCUGACCUCUGACACCACCUGACCUCUGACACCCUUGACGUCUGACACACCUAACCUCUGACACCACUUGACCUCUGACACCACCUGACCUCUGACACCACUUGACCUCUGACACCCCUGACCUCUGACACCACUUGACCUCGGACACCUCUGACACCACUUGACCUCGGACACCUCUGACACACCUAACCUUGGACUUUAACCCUUUAACGUUGAAUAAUCUUUAUUGGUCUAACUUCUGUUUAAUAUGAUUCUAUUAUUAAUAAUUUUAUACAUGUGGAACUUUCAUAUUUUAUAUUUUACUGAAAUA